AGACUGCUGUAAUUCCUUAGAGAUCAUUUGCCCGCCGGCGACUAUUUUUCCGGCGUCUUCAGGAAUCUUAAUGGCUUCCUCUAUUCCACCACCGAGAUCGGUCGCUUCCGGCGGCUUCCAGAACCCUAAUAAGUCAUUAGGCUUCUUUGCAAACGCAAUGAAGAGAAAAGACAGUUUCAUACAGUUCUUCGCCAUGACAGGAAUACUUCUAUUGAGUGUUAGAUCGCUUGGGCAAAAGUAUCGUAUUCAUAAUCUCAUGGAGGAUAAUGCUGCGCUCGAGGAAGAACAACAAGGACUUGUUCAACGAAUGGAUCAUAUUAGGCAAAGCUUGCUUGCUGAAGCUGCUGCUGAGCCUACUGGUCGCUUUGCUUCCCGUCUUCGUCGCCUCUUCGGUGAAGACUGUUGAAAAGUAAGAUUGUAUUGUUCUAUGCAUCAUGGAUUCAAACUGUCUGGAACGAACGUUCAAUCUCGUCAAACUGAAGCAGAAUUGACCUUCGAUUCCCUAAUCUCUAGAUCACGAUAUGCAGUUCAAUUACUUGACAGUUGACAAUAACCUGCCGCUUUGUUGCUUCAAAGGAUGGCGAUUUACUUGCCAGUUUUUUUAUGCCAGAUUUAUCUUUGGUGUUUGAAUCUUGUAAUUUUGUGAACCACGUUGUGCUUCUUUCUUCGAGUGCUGUUAUAUAUAUACAGCCUCAGAGAGCAAUGUAACGAUUAAGUAGUAGUACUGGCUUAUUAAUGCUCCUAUUAGUUUACACAACUUCUAGUUCUGUUUACACAUAACAUUGCAUUGUCUUGAAUCAUAACAAAUGAAUCGUUGUUUUCUAUCUA